AUGGAGGCGAUGGUCAAAGGGCAGCGCGAAAGGCCAGACAGAUUCCCAAAAUUCAUCACCUGUCCGAGCGAGAUGGUGGCACUUUCAAUAGCGGAUGGGUAUGCUCGUGUCACAGGAGAACCUCAAGCUGUGAUUGUGCAUGUUGACGUCGGUACACAGGCACUUGGCUGUGCCGUACACAAUGCGAGUGUCGGCCGGGUGCCUGUGUUGAUCUUUGCUGGUCUCUCGCCAUGCACGAUGGAAGGCGAGUAUCGCGGCAGCAGAACCGAGUUCAUCCACUGGCUUCAAGAUGUUCCAGACCAGAAAGCGAUAGUAUCACAGUACUGUCGUUAUACUGCCGAACUGAGAAAGGGCAAGAACAUUAAGCAGAUGGUCAAUCGAGCUUUGAGCUUCGCCACAAGCGAGCCGCGAGGUCCAGUCUACCUGCAAGGGGUGCGGGAGGUCAUGGAAGAAGUGAUAGAGCCGUAUGACAUUCGACAGGAGUUUUGGAGUCCUGUGGCACUUGGCGGAUUGACUCCGAAUCAUCUGAACGUCGUUGCCGAGGCCUUAAUAUCUGCCCGGGAGCCCCUAGUUAUUACGGGCUAUUCUGGACGGGAUACUGCCAUAGUGCCCUUGCUUGUAGAGUUAGCAAACAUUCUCAAGGGCCUGCGUGUACUCGAUACCAUGGGUUCGGACCUCUGCUUCCCCGCAGAUCAUCCAGGCUGGCUGAGCGUCCGGUACGGAUCGGACGACGCCAUAAGAACGGCCGAUGUGAUACUAGUAGUUGACUGCGAUGUGCCAUGGAUCAACACACAAUGCAAACCUGCCGAUGGAGCCAAGAUCAUCCAUUUCGAUGUUGAUCCUCUGAAACAACAAAUGCCUCUCUUCUACAUCGAUGCGAUCCUACGAUGUCGCGUCAAUACGGUAUUCGCGCUUGGCCAAAUUGUCGAGCAUUUGAAGACCGAGCUCUCAGGUCGUAUCAGCGCGAACCAGGAGUAUUAUGCAAAGCGCUGGUCCGCUCUUGAGGAUUCAUAUACUCAAAAGCUUAAGACGAUAGCUUCUCAGGCUGAGCCAAACUCUGACGACUCGUUCGGAUGCGGCUACUUGAUCUCACAAGUCCGGAAAGCAUGCCCAGUCGAUACUAUCUGGGUCGUGGAAGCCGUCACCAACACAUUCACAGUUGCAGAUCAGCUCCAGGCAACAUUACCUGGAAGUGUGUUCAGCUCCGGCGCGGGUGGACUGGGUUGGUCGGGCGGCGCGGCUCUGGGUAUCAAAUUGGCCACUGAUGUUCGUCAUGGGGGGAAAGUACUCAAUAACAAUGGCUGGAACGCGCCUCGUAAAUCUUUACUUCUCGUCCACCCAGACGGAUUGGGGUCCAAAGUCACCAACGAAGAGCUCAACAUCUCUUUCGAGCCAAACCCAGAGUACUCCAUGAUCGCCAGGGGCGCCUCAGGAGGAAAAUGCUGGGCGGAGCAAGUCAGUUCUAUGAAAGAACUGGCACGAAAGUUGCCCGAGGCCGUAGCCGCUGUACAAAGUGGCAUUUCCGCCAUUCUGGAUGCUCGUCUAGCCCCCGCCGUCUAG